AUGACCACCAUUAGGUGUUUAUUGGAUAUUGCAACCAAGAAAUGUUGGGAUAUUACUCAGUUUGAUGUCUAUAAUGCCUUUUUACAUGGAGAUCUACAAGAAGAGGUUUAUAUGAAGUUCCCUAUUGGAUUAGAUCCACCUCAGCCUAAUUUGGUUUGUAGACUCAGAAAGUCUCUUUAUGGCCUCAAACAAGCCUCUAGGCAAUGGUAUGCCAGACUUGCAGGAGAUCUCAGUUUUAAGAGUUUUACUGCCUCUCUUAAUGAUUAUUCCUUGUUCUUUAAACAACCAGGUUCUUUCAUCACUAUCAUUGCAGUAUAUGUGGAUGACAUACUUAUUACAGGAAAUGAUUUGCAUGAAAUUGCUGCUCUUAAGUUGUUUAUACAUUUAGAGUUCAAAAUCAAGGACCUUGGGCCUCUACAUUAUUUUUUAGGCAUGGAAAUACUUAGAGAGUCACAAGUUCUGCUUCUUAGUCAGUUUAUGCAGCAACCUUGCCUUUCUCAUUAUGAUGCAGCUCUGCGGAAAUCCAAGAAGAAAGCUUUCAUUUGCCUUUCCUCUGCUGAGGCUGAGUAUCUCUCUAUGAGAUGGCUCGUUGACGAGUUAACUUGGCUGGUACGAUUACUUUUCGAUAUAUUAGUUCCCCCCGCUCUUCCAGUACCAGUGAAAUCUGAUAGUCAAAAUGUCAUCCAUAUUGCGCGCAACCCAGUCUCUCGUGAACGGACAAAGUAUGUCGACCUGGACUGCCAUUUUGUUCAUCAACAAUAUCUAUCGGGACUAAUAUCCCUUUCAUUUGUUCCAUUGGGGGCUCAGUUAGCUGAUCUUUUUACCAAAUCUCUCUCCGGCCCUUUACAUCACUCCUUACUUUGCAAGAUGGGUCGCACUCAACUUCUCUCCAUAUUGAGGGGGGAUGUUGAAAUUACAAAUGGUGUACUAGUGAAUGAAAUAUUUGAUGCAAAAGAUACACUAUCAAAGGAAAGAAGAAAACAGAAACAAACAAGGUCUUUAUGUUUGGCCUUGGUUUCAUCGAAGAAAACUAACCCUUUUAUCUGGUCUGAAGAUGAUAAAAGGGUUAUGUUAUCUGGGCUAAAGAGCUACACCUACACUGGACCAGUCAGAAGCCCAAUUCGGAUAAAAGGCCCAACAAAUAAAGAUUUUACAUAUAGCUGA